AUGGCCACAAAACCAAGAAACUCCAACACUAAGGUGUCUCUCAUGGUCAUGGUUACAAUAAUCCUAACAACAUCCAAUGUUGUUCUGUGUGAUGAUAAAACUCCAGUUCCAACUGACAGGGGACAACUGGAAUCAUGGUUCAACCAAAAUGUGGGUCCAUUGGAACAAAGAAAGAGCACUUUGGACCCUGCUCUUGUGGCGGCCGAGCAAGGUCCUAAAGUGGUUAAGGUAAUGCAAGACGGUAGCGGCGAUUUCAAGACCAUCACCGACGCCGUCAAUAGCGUCCCUUCCGGGAAUGCCAAGCGGGUGAUAAUCUCCAUAGGUGCUGGGAAUUACAAUGAGAAGAUCAAGAUUGAAAGGACCAAGAAUUUCAUCACGUUUUAUGGCGCACCUGGAGGGAACUUACCAACCUUGUCCUAUGGUGGCACUGCACAACAAUAUGGCACCGUUGACAGUGCUACGUUGAUUGUUGAAUCUGAUUAUUUCGUCGCUGCUAACAUCCAAAUCUCGAAUACUGCACCAAGACCUGAUGGAAAGAGGCCUGGAGCACAAGCAGUAGCAUUAAGAAUUUCUGGAGACAAAGCAGCGUUUUAUAAUUGCAAGCUGUUGGGAUUCCAAGACACAAUCUGUGACGAUAGACAUAGGCAUUUUUUCAAAAACUGCUUAGUUCAAGGCACCGUCGAUUUUAUUUUCGGGAGCGGGAGGUCAUUGUACCUGAACACGGAGUUGAGGGUUCUUGGCGACAGUGGAAUGACAGUGAUAGUGGCACAAGCAAGAACAAUGGACUCACAGGACACUGCCUACGCAUUUGUGCAUUGCGACGUUACCGGAACAGGGACUGGCUCUUACUUGGGUAGAGCAUGGAUGUCUAAUCCCAAAGUCAUUUUUGCUUACACCACCAUGACCAGUGUUAUCAAUCCUGUUGGUUGGAGUGACAACAUGCACACUGAAUAUGAUAGAACUUUAUAUUUUGGAGAGUAUAAAAACUCUGGAGCUGGAGCUGUUCCCGCUGGGCGCGCCAAAUUCUCAAAGCAGCUAAGUGAUGCAGAGGCACAACCUUUCCUCAAUCUUGGUUUCAUUGACGGCUCCAGUUGGCUACUUCCUCCACCAAGAGUCUAA